AAGGAGGUAACAAGAUGCAGUUGCACACCCGCCACUCUCUCCGUCUGUCAUCGCGAAACUUCCACGGAACUAGCGUGCGCUUUUCUGCUAGACGAAUCCCAAUUCCAUUCGAAACACACCUUCAACCCCCCCUGCACGUUACCGAAAAAUGUCCCCCGAGCUGUGUCUGCUCCCUCGAGAGCUUACCGAAAGAUCUAGAUAUCGAUAGGGCCACGUCGUUGAGGGGCACUAUGGCAAAUUAUUACCGCCAUUUGCUCGUCUGCACGGGCCGUUCGGAUUGGGCGUCAAGAGUCGAGCUGGAUGUUUCUGAGCCUGGUGGCGGACUGGCCGGGAAGAUCAAAGAGCUGACGGCAAUGAGGGGUGGGGGGAGGAAGGAUCUGAGGGAUCCGUUUGCGCCAACUUUGGUCACUAAUUCGUCCUUCGAGCGGGAACCGGGGGUUGAAGAAGGUCAAGGGGUAGCAUCGGCUUAUAUUUUCCCUAGCGGAGUUUACCUGCCAAAGAUUCCGGUUGAAGAUGAAGGCGUUGUUGAACUCGUGAGGAGGUUUUUAUUACCUGGUGGAGGAGAGGUGGAGUCCGGAUUGGAGAGCAGGGAGGUUUUGGAGACAGUCGUGCUUAUCUGUUCGCACAAUUCUCGGGAUACACGGUGCGGGCUUGUAGCGGAACCCUUGAAGAGACAAUUCGAGAAGGAGCUCGCGGAGAAGGGGGUACUACUGGAGGGUUAUGGGGAUGAGGAGGGGGGAGCCGGGAAGGCGCGGGUGGGUUUCACAAGUCA